GAAGGUGCGGUGCUGUCAUACCGGAUAUUGUAAUAUCGCUUAGAAACAGACGUAAAUAACGAAUUAUAUGUGUAUUAGAGAAUAUUUGACGAGUUAUUAAAGAAAAGAGUUAAUAGUCUAUCAGAAUGGCAGCAGAUCAAGCAUCACAAAUAAUACAAAACCAAUUGGAACAGGUAUUAUUGAUGAUUACAAAUUUUCAAUGUGCACGUGCAAGUUCUGACGGCAACAAAAUUCUUCUUUAAUUUAUAGGUAGCUAAGGUUGUUGAACAGCAAGUAGACGCCGAAAUUGAACGACUGGAUAAACUCGAUGAGAACGAUCUGGAAAGUAUACGAAAACAAAGAAUCGCCCAAAUGAAGAAAAUGCAAGAAAUGAAAGCGAACUGGAAACAACUAGGUCAUGGAGAAUACUCAGAAUUAGCAGAAGAAAAAGAAUUUUUUGAAGUUGGAAAACAAUCGAAAAAUGCUGUUUGCCAUUUUUACCGUGACAGUGCUGAACGAUGCAAAAUCGUUGAUAAGCAUCUCAGAAUCUUGGCUGCGAAACACUUAGAGUGCCGAUUUGUUAAAAUAAACGCUGAGAAGGCUCCAUUUUUGGCCGAAAGACUCAAGAUUCGAGUUAUCCCCACUCUAUGUCUCAUUAAAGACUCGAAAACGAAAGAUUAUAUUGUUGGCUUUGACGAUUUAGGCGGUCGUGAUGACUUUUCAACUGAGAUGAUGGAAUGGAGAAUAGCCCAGGCCCAAGUUAUUAAUUACAGUGGCGAUCUACUAACACCACCUGAUCAACCAAAAAAAAGUACUAAAAUUAUAGGAGUAUCAAAGAAAGGAAAAACUAUCAGGGGUGGAGACGACGACGACGACAGUUCAGACGACGACUAUUAAACAUCUGUAAAUAUGCUAUGAACUUCUCCAUAGUGUUCCUUGCAAAUUUUUACCUAAAAAUACAAAUAGAAAUUUAUCUUUAUCUAUCUAUCUAAAAUGAAUCACUUCAAUCGCCAGAUGGCCUUGCUUAAUAUGUAUUUUGUUCUAUCUCUUUUUCAGAGAGCAACUAAGUCCUAAUUUAUUCAAUUCACACACAUAUAAAUAUAUAUUAAUUAUAUAUAGUUCGUUAUGUGACAUAUUAUGGUAACAAUUGGAAAAUGUUGCCCUUAAAAGCCAACCUCUCUUUGUCUAAAUUAGUCAACUUUAUAAUCCGUUUGCCUUUUAUGCUUAUUGUUUUAUUAUUGGGAGCGC